AGCCUGCAAAAAUUGCAGCAAAGCCCACCAGCAAUUUGACUGACUCCUCGAAGGGUCGAACCCAUCCACGCUCCUAACCCCAAACCUCGCCGCCGCCGCAACCUCCUCCCCCGUCGCGUCUCCGGUGGCGACCACGGCCAGCCGGACUGGUUCUCGGCACUUUCCCAUCCAUACCGGUUAAUUUGGGCGCGGAGGCAGAAGCCGAAGAGCGGAGGCGGUCCCGUGCGGCACUUUGUUGGUAAGAAUCGGUCCCGUGCAGCGGCGACGGUGGCCAUGUCUGUGGAACUCAUCCUCUGGCUCUUCUCCUUCGCCUCCGUCAUGGUCCUCGUCGGCCUCACCGCCUACCAGCUUAUCUGUUUAUCCGAUCUGGAGUUUGACUAUAUCAAUCCAUAUGAUUCAUCAUCUCGCAUCAAUGCGGUGGUCAUUAUAGAAUACGCCCUCCAAGCGGUUCUGUGUGCUGCUUUCCUCUUGACGUUGAAUUGGUUUCCAUUUCUCGUCAUGGCUCCUGUAACAUACUACCAUGUGAAGCUGUAUAUGAAUCGGAAACAUCUUGUAGAUGUUACUGAGAUAUUCCGACAGCUACAUGGAGAGAAAAAGUACAGGAUGAUCAAGCUUGCCUUCUACUUCGGCUUAUUUAUUAUAACUAUUUACAGGCUUGUGAUGACAGCUGUUCUGUUAUUUAUUGACGAGGAUGCUAAUCUGGUAGAAACUAGGACUAUCUAGAGUUUGUCAGCAACACUUCACAGAUGGCAAUGGCCAGCAGGCUCCAAAAAGACACUACCAUGAUGAACCUGUGAGUCUAUUUCCAUGGCUUUCAGAAGUUACUGAUAUACGAUGGUCAAUUCAUAGCCUAAUCAGGGGAGCUCAUGUGGUGCCUUGGUUUCAUUGUAACCAUCAACUGACCAUUCUGCCAUACAGUGUAAUUUGAUGGGUUUAGAUAUUUCAACGCACUCUGUCUAGAUUUGGUUAACAACGAUGCAGCACCAUGUGAUUAAUGCCAUGUUUCGAACACGAAUUGUGAAUCCCUAACCCAAUGUACUUGUAUCAUAGCAGUGUUGUAUUUUGGUUCGUCCCUGCUUUGUCCGUGUAAAACUGGAAUAUGCUGUAGGUUUUUCGACAAAAUUGUUUUCAUGGCAAAGUGAAUACCUGAGCAGCACACUUGAGUUGAAAAUUGAUUGCUGAAUGUGCCGUGAU